AUGGCUGCAGUUGAUGCCCAGAUGCCUGAGCAACUAAGAAGAUGGCAUAAUAUUCGUAAAGUACUGGAAAGGUCGGGUCCGUUUUGUCAUCCAGAUUUUGAACCAUCUUCAGAGAUAUUGGAUUUUCUAAUGGAUUCGUGCAAAAUUUUGGUGGUGGGUGCUGGAGGGCUCGGCUGUGAAUUACUGAAGGACUUGGCGUUAAUGGGUUUUAAAAAAAUUCAUAUUGUGGAUAUGGAUACAAUUGAACUUUCCAAUUUGAAUAGACAAUUUCUUUUUAGAAAAUCAGAUAUAGGUUUGUCGAAAGCAAAGUGUGCCGUAGAGUUUGUAAACAAAAGAGUUCCAGGCUGUGAGGCCGUUGCUCACCAUUGUGCUAUUCAAGAUUUAGAUGAAGGUUUCUAUCGUCAAUUUCAUAUAAUUGUUUGUGGACUUGAUUCGAUUGUUGCUAGAAGGUGGCUUAAUGGUAUGCUUAUGACAUUACUGCAGUACAAUGAUGAUAGAAGCUUAGAUCAAAGUAGUGUCAUACCUUUGGUGGAUGGGGGAACAGAAGGAUUUAAGGGCAAUGCAAGAGUUAUUUUACCAGGAAUGAGUGCCUGCAUAGAAUGUACCCUAGACUUAUAUCCUCCGCAAAAAACUUUUCCAUUGUGUACCAUUGCUAAUACACCAAGAUUGCCGGAACACUGUAUUGAAUAUGUAAAAGUUAUUCAGUGGCCUAAGGAGAAUCCUUGGGGUAAUACAACUCCAUUAGAUGGAGAUGACCCACAACAUGUAGCAUGGGUGUUUGAAAAAGCACAAGAGAGGGCCACAAAACAUGGUAUAACAUCAGUUACCUACAGAUUGACUCAAGGUGUAUUGAAAAACAUUAUUCCUGCUGUAGCUAGUACAAAUGCUGCAAUAGCAGCUUCAUGUGCAACUGAGGUUUUCAAGCUAGCAUCAUCAUGUUGUACUAACAUGAACAAUUAUAUGGUUCUCAAUAUGGCUGACGGAGUUUACACCUAUACAUUUAGUGCAGAGAAAAAACCAGACUGUGUUGCAUGUAGUAAUACAACUCGCGUAAUGGAAGUUGAGGCAGAUGCAGUUUUGAUGGACAUAUAUGAAAAGUUGAAGGAAGAUCAAGCAUAUCUCAUGAAAAGUCCAGGUAUAACAACAGUUAUCAAUGGACGUAACAAGACCUUGUAUAUGCCUACGAUCAAGAGUAUAGAGGAAAGGACAAGAGAUAAUUUAAAAAAGAAAAUAACGGAACUUGGAUUAUAUAAUGGCGCGGAAAUAUUGGUAGCUGAUGUUACAACACCAAACACAAUUGCCAUAAAAUUAAAAUUUUCAGACAAUGUAGAUGCAGAAAUAUCAAGAUAA